UCAUGGUUGUUGUGAAGAUUAGAUUAGUAAAAGAAAAAAGGACCUAGAAGAAUGCUGGCAUAUAGAAAGUACUCAAGGAUUGCUGGUCACUGUUAUUAGCUAUUGAAUAUUCGAGGGAACAGAAAAAAUUUCUCAAGAAAGUUUGACAUGGAAGUUUAGAUAAUAUGCUAGUCCAGCUCUCUGGCAUAUAACAUAAUUCUAAGAAGGAUCUCUCUUUUUAGUAGCCACUCAAUACUUCUUGGACAUUACUCAGUGAUAAUUACUAUAUUCUCUCUCAGAGUAUAACAGCUCCUUUCCUGUAUGUGAAAACCCCACUGAAGAAAAGUCUCGCUUUAGGGUUUUCAAACUUUGAAAGCUGGUUGCAGCUUUAAACUUACAGUUCUUAUACAAGUGCAGCAUUAAGAGAGUUGCUGUGCACCUCUUAGUUUCUAGCCAAUGAAGUUAUAUCAUUCUCAGAAAUGUUAUUUCUUUUCUUCUUUUCAUUUUUUUCUGAGACGGAGUUUUGCUCUUUCACCCAGGCUGGAGUGAAGUGGCGCAAUCUUGGCUCAUUACAACCUCCGCCCCCUGGGUUCAAACAAUUCUCCUGCCUCAGCCUCCCUAGUAGCUGUGAUUAUAGGCACCCACCACCAUGCCCGGCUAAUUUUUGUGUGUUUAAUAGAGACGGGGUUUCGCCAUGUUGGCCAGGCUUGCCUCAAACUCCUGACCUAAGGUGAUCCACCUGCCUCGGCAUCCCAAAGUGCUAGGAUUACAGGCAUGAGCCACCAUGCCUGGCCAUGGGAUGUCAUUUUUGAGUUUGGUUAAUGUACAGGCAAUUCUGCAAUAUCUAUGUUUAAGACAUUAAAAGCAUGGUUUCUAAUACUAGACUACUUAGGAUUGAAUCUUGGCUUCACUACCUCCUAGCUGUAUGAUCAAGGGCAAAUUGCUUAAUCUCUCUGUGCCUCAGUGUUCUCAGUUGUAAAAUGGGGAUAAUAAACACGGUUACUAUGAGUACCAAAUUAGUUAAUACAUAACGUAAAACACUUUAAACAGUGCCUGACAUCUAAUAAAUGCUAUCUAAAUAUUAUAAUAGAAAUUUAUGAUUAAAAUAGAAGAAUUAACUAAGUUGAAGGACUGUAUAAUAAGCCAUCAAUAUGUUUCUCAAUCCCAGACAGACCCCAGAAUGAAUUUUUGCAAUCUACCUGUCUGUAUAUAUGCACAUGUAUCUUAUCGGAAAACUCAGCAAAAUCAUAAGAUUUAGGACCUGGCCCUCAACUAUUUUCCUUAACAAAAUCUACUUUUGGGAGAUGCUGUGAAGGUAAAAAUUAGCAUGUUCCAGGGAAAGCUCAUUGCACACUACAAAGGACUAUGACAAUAACAGGCUUUAGAUUUAUUUUCUACAUUGCUCUAGCAUUUUAGAAGGGUACUUUUACUACUCAAGCCACUUUCCUGCAACUCUCCCCCUUCACAGUGGCCAACCUCAAACCGUUUUCAAUGUAAGUGCCUUUCCUGUUAGGGAGACUUCCUUAUGAAAAUAAAUUAAGUUUAAAAGUUGUUGGAACCUAAAACUCACUAAGCCUGGAGAGAGAUGUCACUGUCAUCUGAGUUACACAUGGUUACAACUUCUGUUUCUCAGAUUAUAGAUUAACUUGCUUUCUUAUUUUUCUUGUUCUAUACAAUGGCUAGAGAGAAUUAAACGAAGUUAAGGACAAAAACUUCCUGCUUUCUUAAUGAUCCUUAUCGAUUAACUUCUGCUUCGUUGCCCCGGUUUGCUUAGACCAGAUGACAGAAAAUCCUUUAUGAAAAAUGUUAAAUGUACUCUUCCCAAAAAGAAACACUUUCUAUAAGCAAAUUGUUGUAACUAUUCUCUAACCUUGUAUGAGAAAAUGUUGUAAUCCUGCUAAAAACCUCUCAGUUUCUGCCUAUAUAAAUGAAAUCUUAAAUCUCUACUUCGGGAGGCUGACUCCUUCCUUGGAGUCGGUGUUUCUAGGUAGGCUAUCCUCAAACUUCGCGCUUUUGAUUAUUUUAAAUUGACACCUCCUGUCAUCCGCAAGCUCAAAGGCAAGGCUAAUAAAAGAUGGCAGAGAGCCAGUUAGGGACAGAGCCAUGGAAUCCUCAUACCCAGGUGGGUUUAGGGCAGUCUUGCAGAAGCAGAAGCAAAUUGUACGGUCACGAAACCCUCCGGACCCGCCCGCCUCCACCAUCAGGGGCCCCUAUGACCUUCGACCCCUCCCUAGCCCCAGAGCACGCCGGGAGUUGUAGUUCCCAAAGGCCUGUCCAGAACAGCGCAGGCGCUUGGGGUUCCCCUCCCAUCCAACCGCCGCACUUUUCCGGAUAAGGAAGCGGCCCGUGCUGCCACGCAGUCGCCGGACCGCGGGCGGGGGCUUCUGGGAGUUGUAGUCUGUUGGGGCGUGCGCCGUCGGGAUGGAAGCUUCCUGGCGCCAGGUGGCCGGUGGCCGAGGCCGAGCCCGGGGACGGGCCACUGCCGCCCCCUCAGGAAAUGGAGUCCAUCUCCGCGGCGCCGGAGGAGGGCGAGAGAAGGGGUCGGUGGGCGCCGUUCCUUCUGGCGCCAGUCCCGGAGGAGUCGCGACCACGACGGCUGCAGGGAGCAGGCACAGCCCCGCGGGAUCCCAAGCCCUGCAGACUACCGCAGCCAGCGAGCUAAUGUCUCAGAAAAAAUUUGAAGAAAUCAAGAAAGCUAACCAAGCUGCAGCCAGAAAACUUGUUGAAGAACAGUUUAGCUGUUCAUCUGAAGAAGAAGGAGAUGAAGAUUUUGAAGGAAAACAGGGAAAAAUAGUUGCAAAUACGUUUAUAACAUACACUACUCAGACAGAUGGAGAUACACGUGAAUUAGAGCGAACAAAACAAUAUGUAAAUGAAGCUUUUCAAGCAGCGGCUAUGACAUGCUUAAUUUGUAUUGCUUCGGUGAAGAGAAACCAAGCAGUUUGGAGCUGUUCGGGAUGUUUCUGUAUAUUUCACAUGCCCUGUAUCCAGAAGUGGGCUAAAGACAGCCAGUUUCUUGUAUCUUCUGUGACUGAUGAUGAUUUUGGAAAGAGAGAUUAUCCCUGGCCUUGUCCAAAAUGUAGGUUUGAAUACAAACGAUCUGAAACACCUAGUAGGUACUAUUGCUAUUGUGGAAAAGUAGAAGAUCCACCUUUAGAUCCAUGGCUUGUGCCUCAUUCAUGUGGCCAAGUAUGUGAGCGUGAAUUUAAACCUCCUUGUGGCCAUAAAUGUUUACUCCUCUGUCAUCCAGGUCCCUGCCCUCCUUGUCCAAAGAUGGUCACAACUACUUGUUACUGUAAGAAAGCAAAACCUAUCCCUCGUAGGUGCAGUGCCAAGGAAUGGUCUUGUCAGCUGCCAUGUGGACAGAAGUUGCUUUGUGGGCAACAUAAGUGUGAAAAUCCUUGUCAUGCAGGAAGCUGUCAGCCUUGUCCAAGAGUUAGUAGACAAAAGUGUGUCUGUGGCAAAAAAGUAGCUGAAAGAAGUUGUGCAAGUCCACUAUGGCACUGUGAUCAAGUAUGUGGAAAAACACUGCCAUGUGGUAAUCACACAUGUGAGCAAGUGUGCCAUGUUGGUGCUUGUGGAGAAUGUCCUCGAUCUGGGAAAAGGUUCUGUCCAUGUCAGAAAUCAAAGUUUUCUUUGCCUUGUACAGAGGAUGUACCAACUUGUGGAGACAGUUGUGACAAAGUACUUGAAUGUGGAAUCCAUAGAUGUUCACAGCGUUGUCACCGAGGUCCCUGUGAAACAUGUAGACAAGAAGUGGAAAAGCAUUGUCGCUGUGGAAAGCAUACAAAACGAAUGCCUUGUCAUAAACCUUAUCUGUGUGAAACUAAGUGUGUUAAGAUGCGUGACUGUCAGAAGCAUCAAUGUAGAAGAAAGUGUUGCCCUGGAAACUGUCCACCUUGUGAUCAAAACUGUGGACGGACUUUAGGAUGUAGAAACCAUAAGUGUCCAUCUGUCUGUCACAGAGGCAGUUGCUAUCCCUGCCCAGAAACAGUAGAUGUGAAGUGUAAUUGUGGCAAUACAAAGGUGACAGUGCCCUGUGGCCGAGAACGUACCACAAGACCACCCAAGUGCAAGGAGCAAUGCAGUCGACCACCAACUUGUCAUCAUACAAGUCAAGAAAAACAUCGCUGUCACUUUGGUUCUUGUCCACCAUGUCAUCAACCUUGCCAAAAAGUUUUGGAGAAAUGUGGUCACUUGUGUCCUGCUCCGUGUCAUGAUCAAGCAUUAAUAAAGCAGACUGGCAGGCACCAGCCUACAGGCCCUUGGGAACAGCCUUCUGAGCCAGCAUUUAUUCAGACUGCAUUACCGUGUCCUCCAUGUCAAGUUCCUAUUCUUAUGGAAUGUCUUGGGAAACAUGAGGUGAGUCCACUACCAUGCCAUGCUGUAGGACCCUACUCUUGUAAAAGAGUUUGUGGAAGAAUCUUAGAUUGUCAGAAUCACACAUGUAUGAAAGAAUGCCACAAAGUAACCAAAACUGAUGGCUGCACUGGAAAAAACAAGGCUGGCCCAGAAUGCCUUCCUUGUGAGGAAGGGUGCUCCAAGUCACGGCCACUAGGUUGUCUUCACCCAUGUAUUUUGCCAUGUCACCCUGGAGAAUGUCCACCUUGUGUUCAGAUGCUUAGAAUGAAAUGUCACUGUAAGAUCACAAGCCUAUAUGUGGAAUGUAGAAAAAUAACCACAGCUGAUGUAAAUGAAAAGAACCUCCUCAGUUGUUGCAAAAAUCAGUGCCCUAAAGAGCUUCCUUGUGGUCAUAGAUGCAAAGAGAUGUGUCAUCCUGGUGAAUGUCCCUUUAAUUGCAACCAGAAGGUAAAACUUAGAUGUCCUUGUAAAAGAAUAAAAAAGGAAUUGCAGUGCAACAAAGUACGUGAAAAUCAGGUUUCAAUAGAAUGUGACACAACGUGCAAGGAAAUGAAGCGGAAAGCAUCUGAGAUAAAAGAAGCAGAAGCCAAAGCUGCUUUUGAAGAAGAAAAACGAAGACAACAGGCUGAACUAGAAGCUUUUGAAAACAGACUGAAGGGUCGUCGGAAGAAGAACAGGAAAAGAGAUGAAGUGGCAGUUGAGCUAUCACUAUGGCAAAAACAUAAAUAUUAUCUCCUUUCAGUGUGUGGAGUUGUGGUUGUGGUGUUUGCAUGGUACAUCACCCAUUAUGUCAAUUAAAAAAAGUUUUGAUCUUUUAAUGUAACUCAGAUUGGAUUUAGAUAAGUUGUUAAAUUUGAAAUAUUAGAAAAUAUAUAUUAUAGAACAUGAUAUAUAUUUACAUUCGUCUCUGUAUUCUCUCUGCUGUUGUUAGAAGGACAGAAUGUUAAACUUUAUCUUAAUUAGUAUAGUAGAAAGGGCAGUAAAAUACUGUUUAAAGUGAAGGCAUGACUGAAACUGUAAAAUAUUUCAUAAGGCUUAGCUAGAGGCAGAGUAACAUGUGUUUUUGUUUAUUGGGCUUCCUUGUACUUAGUUUUUUCAUUUAAUAAUUCAAACCAACACUUUUUAAAAAAUAAUUCAGAUGAAACUGAGCCAUAUCUGCAGUAAGAGAAAUAUUUCUUAAUGUUUUGGUUACUUAUGAUAGAGUACUUUUCUUGAUAAUGUUAACUUUGUGCUUUUUUAAAAAAGUGAUUCUCUAACAGACCUCUUAAAUUGUGACAUGAAGGUAUGUAAUUAGAUUUCAGAAGUUGGUUUAUUAGUGAGGAAUUUUUAUCAAUAAAUGACAUGUGGCGUGUUCUUCAGAAUAUAUAGUUAUUUUCAACAAAUGCCAGGCUAGAUUCCUCACAUGUGGCUAUUUGUUAUGUAAGAAGCUUUUAACUGAAGCUGGCAUGUUUCGUAAAACUUGUGUGUCUUUUAAAAAUAAUAAAAGGAAGAUGAGCAUUUAUGAAGAAUAUGUGCUGCCAACAGGGCUUAUGAGCUCUAUGUACUUUAAUCUCAUUUCUCCUUACCACAAUCUUAAAUAGAUUUCAGCUGAAAAUAAUCAGUUCUUAUGAAAACAAAUAGAGAAAUAUCAGUAAGUCAAAUCUGUUUGAAUUAUAAUUCCUUUCAAAUAGUUCUGCUAUUUAAUUUAUAUGAUUAAUAUUUUCAUUAAAAUUUUUGAUACCAAA